GAAGCAAACAAAGGGGAAUACAGCUGAUGUUUAACAGCCACUGCGCAACCUCUAAGCUACUUCUGCCUCGGAUCUGGAAGCUUAUAUGGGGAACAUGUGAAAAUCUCACCAUGCGAAUGAUUCAUUAGCCACUGGAGGUGUGGAGAGAAGGUAGGAAGUCAGGCAGCAGCGAUGUCCCUGUAAAGAAAGUAACAGCGUAAAUGUAGUGAGAAGGAUCAUCUGUGCUGAAACGCAUGCAGUCAAGCUUGUGAUUGGUUUCUUCCCCAGAUUCAGCAUCUUUUGCAGCUGAGGCUCUGAAGUACUGGAGGACACUGCAUCUUCCUCAGGGACACGGGCAAGGGGGAGCUGGAGCCUCUGGGGAGCUCAGAAAGGAAUUGCGGCUGGUGGUCGCCUGAGGGACUUACCUUCACACCAAUGUUGCUCUGAAACGAGUUGUGUCCAACAUUCAGGUUUGGUAAGAUGCCUCAGGAACAGUACGCGCACCGGAGCACCAUGCAGACCUCGGAAGGACCCCAGGUAUACAAAGUGGGGAUUUAUGGCUGGAGGAAGAGAUGCCUCUAUUUCUUUGUGCUGCUCCUAAUGAUUUUAAUCCUGGUGAACCUUGCUAUGACCAUCUGGAUUCUGAAGGUUAUGAACUUCACAAUUGAUGGAAUGGGGAACCUGAGAAUCACGGAAAAGGGUCUAAAGCUCGAAGGAGAUUCAGAAUUCUUGAAACCUCUCUACGCCAAAGAAAUCCGGUCAAGACCAGGCAACCCACUGUACUUCCAGUCUGCCAGAAAUGUGACAGUGAACAUCCUCAAUGAGAAGACUAAAGUCCUCAGUCGCCUUGUAACAGGUCCCCAAGCGGUGGAAGCACACAGCCAAAAAUUUGAGGUGAAAACCCUCUCUGGAAAAUUGCUGUUUUCUGCAGAUGACAACGAAGUGGUGGUUGGAGCAGAGAGAUUGAGAGUUUUAGGAGCAGAAGGCACAGUGUUCCCUAAAUCUAUAGAAACUCCCAAUGUCAGGGCAGACCCCUUCAAGGAACUAAGACUGGAGUCGCCUACGCGCGCGCUGGUGAUGGAGGCUCCAAAAGGCAUCGAGAUCAACGCGGAGGCCGGCAGCUUGAAAGCCACGUGCAGGACAGAGCUCAGGCUGGAAUCCAAAGACGGAGAGAUAACGUUGAAUUCUGCAAAAAUCAAACUACCUAACUUGCCUCAAGGAUCUUCCUCUUCCGCAGGGUCCAGGCAAAAAAUCUACGAGCUCUGUGUGUGUCCCAAUGGGAGGUUAUUUCUGUCUCAGGCAGGGACUAGCUCGACCUGCCAGAUAAACACAAGCGUCUGCCUUUGAGAGACAGUUUGCAGUGGGGCAUCGCAGGCAGCACAAAAGCCAGUUCUGGUCUCACAGAUUGCAGCUGCCAACUAUUUUUACUAGAACACAGAAAGCCUAUCAAAGACUUUUUUUGUGUGUGCGCGCGCGUGUGUGUGAAUAUAUAUAUAAAAAUAUAUAUAUAAAAUAUAUAUAUAUAUCCUCUGUGUAAAACGAUGUUUCAGUACAAGGAAUCCCAGGGUGACCCUGUUACAUUUGUGUAGCAUUUCUCUUUCCCACACCAAAAUUUACUGGUACAAUCUGCUGAAUUGGACUCGACGCUCCCCUGGACCCUUCUGUAUUAAUAUAGUCUAAUGAUCACCCCUCGUUUUUGAUCAUGUUCUCAGAGCAAUGGGAUCGCUGGCUGGGCAAGACCCUGGAACCGAUGUAGACCCACCAACAUACAAAGGGAAGAGAAGCAUCUCUGAUCAUUUUUGCACCAUUAAAUCAGUGGCAAGAAUAAAAAAAAACCAACCCCAAUAAAACAGACAGAUGUGCUGUACUGAUCACCUAGAGUGAUCCAAGAUACUGGAGGUUAAAUUACACUCUUUAAUUUUCACCUGAAGCACGGCUCCCUUUCGGGAGAGAUGGAUUGUAUUUGGCCAGUAGAAAAGUUCAGAUCUCCUUCCUGGAAUAAUCACGUUUUUUUCUAAAGGGGUUUGAGACUUGACUGCGCGUGGCAAAGGAUGCCUUGUGCUAUUCAGAGGUGACACAUCAGCUCUAACCCUAACCUAAAGUCAUCUCUGUGCUAACAAAACUGGGGAUGCACUUAGUUCUUGUAAGGAAAAAAAUUGUGAAAGUUGAACUAAACAGAAAAAUCCUGAACCUCCUUAUUUAACAGGUGUCCUGGAUCACCCUACACACUCUCCAUUAGCACCUUUAAUUUUGAAAAGAUUCGGUGUGAAGGUGCGAAGAUUUAAGAUUUGCAUAUUGCCUAUCAAUGCCUAUAGAAACAGAGAAAAUUACCUAUUCUACCCAUGGAAACCGAGAAAAUCAUAUAAAAUAGGUGUGUCAUCUAGACGCUAUGCCAGACUUUUGUCAUCUUUCUUUUCGGGAUAUGCAGUCCAAGGUCACUUAGAUUUGAUGGAGACUGCAAAUAUCAGAGAUGCUGACAAUGAAACAGACUGUUUUUUAAAGAUUUCUAAUGAUUGUGACAAAGCCAGGUGACUGGAAGGCCAUGGCUUUGGAUGCUGGUUCCUCUAGAACUUGAGACCCAAAAACUCUGUGGUUGAAUCUCUUCUUGGUUGCAUUUUUCCUUAUUUUAAAGUCUAGGAGUCACGUAUGGGCAGGAUAAAAUGUGCAAUCUGAUCCGGUAGCAUUACUUACACAGUUCAAUUUUUGAAAAAUAAUGAGAAGAGCCGAGGUCGUUGAAUUCUGACCCAUAAUUGCAUACACAUGCAUGCAAAAAUCUUUGGGGGAAAAAAAAAAGGUACUAAUUACUGCAAAAGUGUCCAAGUCGCAGUAAGUCUCAUGAGGACAGCAAGGUUUCUAAGCCACUGAGAUGCUUUUGAAUAUAUUACCUCAUGUGCAAAUAUGACAGAUCUGUGCCCAUCCCUAGUGAUAUCUAAGCAAAGCUGGUAUUUUUCAAGCGACCUUCAAGAUCAAAUGUAGCUGACGGAAAUAUUUAGAAAUAAUUCAGCCCAUUCCUUUUUUACAGAUUUCCACGUAUUUUCUCGUGGUCUGGAGAGUACCAGGGUUUCAUUUAUUUUUCUUUUGAAUUAACAGUUCUGGCUUAUUCCAAAGCUGGCUGGACUCAAAGGAAAGAUUUCUGCGGAGUUUAGAUUAGAUGCAUUGCUGCCUAACGAAGCAGCUGUCCCAUAAAAUUUAUUCCUGAAAGAGGAUCGGAUGAUCUACUUUUAUUUCGGCUAUGCUUUCUGGUUAAUUAACAAAUUCAAACUAUUUGUUAAUGAACGAUUCCUGUAAUUAUAAUGUCUUGAGUCAACGUUUGAAUGCAAAGGGUCACCCAGGAUAACAAUUGUAUUGGGACACAGGACUAUACCAUCUCUGUUCAAAGAGGGGAAUUGUGCCUAUGCCUUAAGUCAAUGCACUCAGCAAGGAGAAGCACAUCAUAUUUAUCUUGUUAUUAAAACUAGUUUAUUUGGGGGGAGGGACAGGAGGGUGUCUUGGGAACUGGUUGUGCAACUUAAAACAGAUAUUAAUGAAAUGCAUUAAGACUGUAGGGGCACCUAGAGUGAUACAGACUUUUUUUUUACCAUGUUAAAUACAGCAAAAUACUGUGUACGUUACCUCUGGGACCACAACCAAAGUCCCAUUCACAGUCCUGCAUUUACUGUAGGUUUUUUUUUUUCCUUGUUUCGUUCAAUACCGAUCACAAACCUUGUAGCAAGCACGGCCCGAUUCGUAAACAAAUCCCGUGUGAGCAGUUGUGAAGACACGUGCAUCAGGAAGAGUACCCGGUACGGAAAAGGAGUGGCGUUAACUUUGCCGUCCCUGAGAGCAUUCACGCUGGUGAGAAAGGCAGGGCUGAGCGCAGGGACGGACCCAGCAGGGAUGCUGCGCCCCGAUUUCCAGGCUCUGCAUCCCAUCCGAGGGUGGCCGGUGGCUCCGUCCUCACCCCCGUGCACCCUCUGGUUGCUCUGCUGAGGAUUUCCAUCCCAACAAAUUGAUUUUGAGUGGCUGGUUUUCUCGGCUGGGCUCUUGGAUGAGGUUAUCACCUUCUUGUAUGAUGAAAGCCACGAAAGCGCUUAAGGACAUUCAGCCAUUUAUUUUGGUGUAAAUUUCCAUGGGGGAGCUCCUCACACAUCAGUGCCACCACUGCAGACGCCUCUCUGAGGUGAUCAAAGGGUACCUUAAUUAUGUCUGUGCAGAGGAGGUCUGGUCGCUUCAAUACAUUUUACAAUCACGUUUAUAUAUUAAAAAGCAUAAAAUUAUCUGUUGUGUUGAAAGACAAGGAAUUGUUGCUAGAAAGAUUGAAUCCGUAUAGAGACUUGUAAAUCAUCUGAGCCCCACUCGAGUUUUAAGACGACAGUUCAGAUGCGGCUGCUUGCGCCGGCCAUUUCAUUAGUCCCCUGCUGAUCAGCGAGGGGCAAACCAGAGCAAACAGGACUGCGUGUCCGAGAUCCCGAGGCAAAAAACAGGCCUUUUGGUUAAAAAGCAGCAUGCAAACACAUCCAGCUAUCUCACGCUUCACAGUUUGUUGUUGGGGGCUGUUGUGGAGUGACCGACUCACCUGUUGGACGAGGCAAAUGCGCGAGAGUCCCUUUUCCUCCUGCCUUGCCCAGAAAUCCCUCAGUUCCUGUACCUGUACGGGUUCGUUUUCCCUGAGUCCAUUUAAAUUAGAGCCUCCCUGGCUGGAAUUUCAUCCAUAUGCUCUACCCGCCAUGGAUAAAAUGCCAAAAUUGAACAAGGGUUUGUGUAUUUCUUUGUGACUUGGGCCUGCAGUUUAGUUCAGUUGAGCAUUUGCUGUUUGGGGAGAUGGAGUUUAUCUCAAACCGGAGUUUCGUUUUACCUCCCAACGCCAAGGCAAGGCUGGGGUGGAUGGUGGGUUUGUUUCUACUGAGAUGCCGGUGACUUCGCGUCCUGAGCUGGGACGGGAGCUGGACGGGUGACAGUCCAGGGCAGUGGGACGCUGCCAGCCCCUGGGGGGGCCGUGGGACCGAGCCCUGGCUCCGCGCUGGGUGCAGGGCUGCAUUGCAGCUGGGAGCACCGGCACCCAUGGAAGUGCUAAUCAAGGGACUGCGAUGCUAACGUCGAUACACCCGAGGCAGCCUCGAAUACUGGGGGUAUUCAUCAAUGCGUUUCUGUAUCGCAACCCUUAUCUUUCUAGGGCUUUGAGACCUUGUUAAAUUUGCUUUAAAUGCAGCGCUUUAGACAGCAGUCAGGAAGGUGACUGUCAGUGCUCACCUGCACCUUGUCCAUGUGUACGGUGUGACCCUUCUGCCACCAUAGGUGAGUCAGGAUGGUUUUUCUAAAGCUAAAAGACUUUGCCAUUAGCAAAAGCAGAGAUAGAUCUUAAUACUGACUCUACAGCUGUAUCCAUUCUCCAGGUUUCUUUGUGGGGUUUUUUUGCUUUGUUUGUUUGUUCGGUUUUUUACACUUUUUGAAGUAUAUUACCCAGUAGUCAGUGAAAUGGGUAGCUUAAGAGUACAAAGAAAUGUUAACACUAAAGGAAGUCAUCAAAAGGGGAAGCCAGUAACUUCUAAAAUAUGCAUAAGGCCUCUCCUAGGUGGACAUUUUUAGAAAACCAAGUAUGUGCAAGAGUGAUUUGUAUUUGGUUAUCUCAGUCACGUGCUGUCAAACAGCUGUAUUUUAAGUGGGGUGGGUUUUUUUUUCUCCUUUAAUCAUAACCGUGACAUUGCACAAACAAAAAGGUUUAAGGCAUAAGCCUAAAAAUACCAUCUGCAAUAUACGGUAUAGCAAAAUGGUGUCUAAAUAAAAAAAAAAAAAACCCUCCCUAGAAAUUGCUCCAAGGUUAAAAAGAGAUUCCUGUGGAAUUUGUGAAGAUGUCAGGUUAGUUCACAUCAUACCCAGUUUGCAAAUACAGAUGUUCUUCAAGGAAAUUAGCUUUUGUUGUCAUAAGAUGUGCACGCACGCACAAAUAUAUAGAUACACAUGCUCACAUACGCUUGUUUACAGCAAAUGCCACUUUUCUUUCUAUCUGUUGUUACGGCUUUAAGUUUCACGUUGCAAAAGAGAGUGAGACAAAGACCAAAGACUUAGAGAAAUUCAUCCCUUCCCUGGUUGCCCUCAUGCCUGAAAUGCAUUACCUUUAAUGGUGCUUUUUCAAACUGGGCAGGAAAAAUACAGGUUUAUCGUAAAGCUGCGUUUGAGAGAGUGAAGUGACUCUAACUUUGUUAAUGGGGAGAAAAGGAAAUAAUGUGAAAAAACCUUUAAAUGCGUGCAGAGGGUAAGGUUACCUGAAGUUUGAAAUGUGAAGAAAUAACCCGGAAUGCUAAAAGACGUCAUCCUGGGCUGAAAGCGUUCCUCAGUAUAAACGGAGGAAAUGCUCCUGGCUGUGCACUUACCUGCACUCGAGCGUUAGCAGAUCGGGAGCUCCGGUGGCUGCUCGGCGAAGAAGAGUAACUGUGCCGUAAUGAUUUCCUUUUAAAAGUGCAUACAGUAACAACAACAAAAAAAAAAAGUUAGAGGCUGUGCCCUUUUUUCUUUUUUUUUUUUUUCUUUUUUUUUUUUUAUGGCUGACAUUUUAAAUUUUGAAAUGUCAUCACCCAGCAUCCGCCCCAGCAAGCGCAGGGCGCGUUCCUGCGAAGCCUUGCCAAGCGCUGGGUUGGUGCUUUUUUGAAUGUGAAAAUACCAGCCUUUUUAUUGCCGUUGCUGUUGAGGAACGUAAUCGUGGCAACAUUGCCGUUUUCCCCGUUUUCACCUUUUUCCUCAGAUCUGAAAUUGCGGUGGAGUAUGGGGGUGGCUGGUGUCCUGCCACACACGGGGCUGCGUGCAGGUGGCCACCAGCCCCCCAGUCCCCAUCGUGUCGCUUCUCGAUCCCCCAAAAAACCAAAACCCGCGUGAAGCAAAGGCACUAAGGUGAAAUCGGCGACUUUCAGGUAAAUUCUGCAGAGCAAUUGCUGUGUGUUCACAGCUGAUGUCGCCGAGCUGACGGCUGUGAGCGGAGCAGGGUUAAACGCUGACGUGGCGCUGAUGAGGUUACUCAAGCAAGAGCGGAGUGAAUUAAACGAGGCAGGUAGGAGGGAGAGGGAAGAAAUGGCAAGAGACAUCGCUCUAAUCACAGUAAUGCAGCAAAAUUCUUUCUCUGUUUACACUAUUAUACUUUAAAUUAAUAACAUCCAUUUUACUAAAUAUGGUAGCAAUUAUGCUUGAUCUUUCAUGGUGCACGGUGGAAUUACUGUCACUGAAACCACUUACAGCUUGGGCCGUUGAAGAUUGCUAGGGUGGUGUUUCCGUCCACAGUAACCACAGUGGCUUGAGGCUCGGGUGGGAAUUACAGUGAAUAGCUUGUGUUCAGAAAGCUUUUAACUCCGCUGUGGUUGCGAAGCCCAUGGUUAUGCAUAUACAGCCCUGAGGCUUUAUCGUUUCAGAUUCUCUCCUCCUGCCACUUGAAUUGUAUUGCGCCCUUGCGAAAAGCGACGCGCUUGCUUUAUACAGGAAAAGAUGGAUAUUUAAAGCUGCGGGAUUUUUAUCUGAAGCGAAGAAGGUAAUGCAAUCAGAGCGCACCACUGAGAUUUCCCAUCCCAGUCACUUUAAACUGGAAGUGCGAGUCCCUUAAAAAUUAAUUUGCUACAAGUGUAAUUCCUGCGGGAAAGUUAGCACCAGUGUCACCCCCAGGAAAUGUCUCACCUUAUUACAGCUCGGAGCCACGUGAUGGCUGGGAUUUUCUGCCACGGGUGGGUAGUGCCAGGCUGCCUGUUCAGAGGAAGCCAGAUUUCCUUUGAGGCAACUCAUUGCCAUGGAUGGAGUUUUUGUUACUUUUUAACCUGUAUUAAAAAAUAGGAAGGCUAUGUCCACUGUGAAGCAAUAUGUAAUUGUAUGUUUGUCUUGCGUUUAGUUGGUUUAUUCUCUCUGCCAGCAAGAGAAAAAUAUCAGGAGAAACUUGCGCACAAGUUUUACAUUUACAUUGUGCCCUGCUGCCAAAUGCUUUAGAUAAAAAACACGCAGCCUUAGUUAAACAGUCUUUUCUCGUAAGAUUAAAAAGGACUCUCUGGUUUCAUCAGGUCCUGCCCAAAUGGGGAGUCUCACCACUUCUAACACGUCGGCCAUCAUAGGGGGAGGCCCGUUGCAAAGCAUAGGUCAUGCGCGUCUUUGCAUGGAACGGGAAUUUAGAAUUGCAUUGUACUCCCACGUUUUUGCCCCCUUCAAAAGGCUUAACCACCGAUAGGAGAUAAAGCGUUCCAAAGCCUGCUGCUGCUAAACGCAUUAUCACUUUCUAAAGCAAUGCAGUUUCUUCGGUCUUUUAAAAAAUUUCCUCGUAGCGGAGGCCUUGAAACGUCUUGAGGCAGGCUCACGUUGGAGUGCAAAAGAAUAAUUAUUUCUGGGCGGUUCUAUUUUUAUCGAAGGCUGGAUUGUAGAUGAAGAAAUGUUGCUGUUAGAGUUUCUCCCACGCUUAGCUGCAAACACCACCACCCCCCAACGCUACGGCUGGAUUUCUCCGGGGCAGCUGCCUCUAGAGCAGGGACUGAGCUCCUUCGCUAAGCCAGAGCCUGAAAAUUUUGUCUUCAUCUGGGUCCUCCUCUGGGCUUGCACACUCGGGAUCAGUGCUGGUAUUGAUGUGGUGGAUAAUGAAACACUUCCACAGUAUUAAUGAUUUUACAGAUGAUCUGUAUCUGCCGUCGAAGUGGUAUAAAUAAUGCUGGUAGUUGCUGGUUGCUGUUCUAACAAGCCUUGGACCACCUUGAAGGCAUCAGCAGUAACUCCAGAAGGUGCAGCUGCUUUGUCCUGGCAAUGCCUGUACAGCAUCCCGGGGGAUGCCGUGGGGAUGGUUCCUCGGUACGCCGCCUCACUCGGGAAGCCUCUGGGGCGGGGGAGGCUGGGGGUGGCUUUGCCCUUUCUCGUUUAUCUCCAUGCCAUGGCCAGGUCCUCUGCACUAGAGACAGCAGCAGGGCACGGCGCCUGCCGUGGGAGGCUGGGCUGGAGCAGUGCAUCGGGGCCAUUCACAGCAGGAGGAUUUGACUCUCUAGCUGGUGUAAAUCAGGAUUUGGCUGCAUUUAACUCACGGGUAGCCGACACCACCUGAGGGUUUGGCCCUAAAGGUUUAGCAACUUUUGUGAAAUUAAAAUACAGAGUUCAGCUGCCCUGUCUAAACCACAGCCGGGGUGCUCGGGGGACAGCCGUGGGACUCCUCGUGCUUCUGGGGUUUCCCUAUCACACGGGCGCAGAUGAAGAGCUGGAGCCACUGCCUGCGAACGGAGGCGUGCUCAUCCAGCGUGGCUCCUUGGCACCACCACAAACCGUGCUGGAGUUCAGCUGGUGAUGUGGUGAAGCAGGGGGUCUCGGUGGGUCCCGCUGGUGGUAGGGCAGGGGCAGGGAGGAGCUCACUGUCUUGUCCCUUGCGUGGGUUAUCGGAGCGAGCGCAGAAGUUAAGAUGAUCAGAUCCUGCCCUCGCUCAGCAGAGUGCGAGCACGCCAGAAGCCUCAUAAAGAGCAGAGCUGAGCAAUUACAUGUGUAUCGGAGAAGGGCUCAGUGGACAGCAUUCACACCGGGAUUUCUCUCCAGGUCAGGGCUUUUCCCGAGCUACGACCCAGAUCUCGGUCUGGAUCUGCACUAUGCAGCAGUUUGGGAACGGGGAAGGGAUUGACCUGCUGGAGCUGACUCAGAUGCCUUUGGGUUUGGGUUGGUUCUUUUUUUGCCGACCCCUUAUUUGAAUUAGUUUCCUUGUGCACGAACGCCAAUGGAGUCGUCGAUAUUAACGCAACAAAUGCUCCACGUAGGUAGAGCCAACAGCAAAACAACAUUGUGCGAGUCGAAGCAAAAGCCCGUUCAUCUACAGCAGUAGCGUAAAAGGCAUGACCCAUACGCGAUAGCAGUUCUCAUCUGUGCUGGUACAAUACCUUCUCUGACCUCUACUCUGAUCACCACCAAUGACCUUGAUCGUGUAAACAGGACAAAAUGAAUUUAAAGUCUUAUCACAGUUCUCAUUAAGAAAUUCAGAUUUCUUUGGCUUUUUUUCUUUUUAAUUUAUGUAUGUGUGUGGUUGUGUGGGAAGCUUUUUUGUAUCAAAUAACAUCAAUCCUUGCACACUCUAUGCAAAAUUUUGUAAGCAUUGCAAUAAUGCUAUGAAUUACACAAGGAACUAUUUUAACUUUAUUACACUUUCUGUAUAAAAAAAAAAAUUUGUAUUUAAAUGAUUUCAACUGCAAUCUUGUAAAAUAUAUUAAUAAAAUAAUGAUU